AUGAAUGAGCCUAUUGAAGCAAAAGUAAAAGAAGAAAUACUUCCGAUAAAUGCUUAUUUUUUAAAAGAAUAUGGAGAAGGGAAAAUAAAUAAAAAGGAUGUUAUAAGAAGUUUAAGAAAACGUAUAUAUAAUAAUAAUGAAAAUUAUGAAGAAAUAUAUAAAAAAUUAAAAGAAAUUCAUGGAAAUAGUGGUGUAUGUACUCGUCAAUGGAAAGAAGGGAGUUUUGCAUUUAAGUGCUAUAAUUGUGAAGGUGAUCCAACAUGUGCAAUAUGUGCAAAUUGUUUUUUCGCAUCCAAUCAUAAGAACCAUGUAUAUAAAUUAACUCAUACUAGUGGUGGUUGUUGUGAUUGUGGUGAUACAUCAUGGAAUAUCAAUGGGGCUUGUUAUAAUCAUAGAGGAAUUAAUGAAGAAAGUUUAAUUAUUAAAAAAAAUAUACUAAAAGAAAAUGUCAAAAAUCAAAUAAAAUAUGAUAUAGAAAAAUUAGUAGGUAUUUUAUUUAAAGAUAUAAUAUUAAAAGAUGGUUUUUUUUUAUCAUUAGUAAAUGCAGAUUAUGUUGAAUAUUCUUUUGAAUUUUUUAAAGAUCAAGGAAUAACAAGUUUUUUACUUCGUCAAAUAAUAUGUGAAGUAUUUACAGGAGCUAAAAUAGAUUUUCUAAUAAAUUUUCAUUAUUGUUUUCAUACAGGAAUUCAAAAAGCAUUAUAUUCUUUAUACUUGUCAUUAUUUGUAGACCCAAAAUUUAAACAAAGAUUUGCAUUUAAAUUAUCUAAACAUUAUAAUAUUAUUGUAAGAGUUGUUGAUGAUAGGAUAUAUAAUGAUUAUAGUUUGAAUGGAUUGAGUGUGCAACUUUUGACAGUCCCCGAAAUUGGGUAUACCUUAGUUAUUAAUAAUUUUUUAAACGACCUGAUAAAAAUAAUAGAAUCUUUUUGUACAUAUAGUAAUGUUUCAAAAUGUGUUAUGUUUAAAAAUUUAUUAAGAUCAGAAAUCGAAAUUAUAAUGAGAAUAUGUUUAGAUUUAAAAUAUUUAUUAUAUCAUCAAGAAGUUAUUAAAAUUAUUCUCUUUAAUAAAUAUAUAAUUAAAAAAAUUUUAAAUCUAUUAACACUUCUCCAUAGAAUGAAUUCACAAUUGCGAUAUACAAAAAGACAUAUUAUAUAUGAAGACUUAUCAAGUUCAUAUUCUAUAACUAUAGAAAAUUAUUUACUUAAAGUAUUUGAACCGUUAGCUAAUUUUUGUAAACGCGAGCAAAAUGCAAAUUAUAGAAACUUUUUUCUUCUCUAUCAACUUACUAUUGAAGCAAUAUGCUCAUUAAAUUUAUUCCCAUUUAGUAAUGACAAACCUUCUUCCGAUGAAUCACAAAAUGUAAGUGGGGUCGUUCAAUCAAUGCCUACUGAUGCAGCAGCUCCUAGUCAAGGAAAACAAAAAAAAGAAAUUAAAAAAAUUAUUGAAGAACGAAAAAAAAAAAGAUUAAAACAUUUACGAUCCUUACAUUCUCCAUUAGUCAGAUUUUUUAUUAUGAUAUUAAACUUUGAUGUUAUUAGAAAAUGUAUUGAUGAUCUAUAUUGGUAUAAAUAUGUAUACCUGAAAAAGGUUAAGAAGCAAAAAGAACAACCACAAAAUUUGCCAAUACAUAGUGAUAAAGUAAAAAUAAUAAAAGAAUACAUAAACGAUUUUUAUUCUAUUGAAAAAUAUCCCGAGGAAAUCAUAAAUAAAAGAAAAUUGUUACAAGAAAGAUAUGAAGAGGAUGGAAAUAAAAUUAAAAUGAAAUUAUUUAAUUAUAAACCAUUUUUAAAUUCAUAUAAUCCUAUUGAACAUUCUAAAGUUGAUAAUUAUUUAAAAGAACAUAAAUUUUUAGAAGAAACCUACUUCAAAUGGAUCAUUAAUAUGGGUACUCCCAAGGAUUCUACAAAAGUGGGUUCUACAUCUGUUACUGCACCUGUUACUAUUCCUAUUACAUCUACCACUGGUGCUAUCCCUAGCACUAGUCAUGUUGGGAAUGGAUCAGGAAAAGUGCAUUAUAGACGAAGCAUACAAGAAAAAAAAAUAAAGGGAAAGUGUAAAAAUUUAUUUAUCGAAAAAAAAAUUAAUAAUAAAGAAAUUGAAUUUAAUGAAUUUUUAGAGAUCAAAUAUAAAAAGGAAAAUAAAAAUAUAUAUUUACACCCAUUAUAUAUACAGUUAUAUAUGAAAGAUUUACUUGAAUUUUUAAAUCUAUUUAAUUUAAAAUUAUUAAAAAAUAUAUUAUUUAUAAAUAUAAAUGUAUUAGCAUUUAUAUAUGAAAUCAAAUAUGGAUAUUGGGUUCGGAAUGGACCACAAAUGGUUUUUCAAUCAAAUGAAUAUGAAGCAUCUAUAUUUUUAAAAAAUGAUUUAAUAGGAAUACAAUUUGCAUUUAUUAUGAUGAAUAUUUUACCAUUAUAUGAAAAUCAAAGAAUAAAAAUUAAUGAAAAUUUAAUGAAAAUAUUUAGAAAAAUAUAUAAUGAACGUAUAGCUAAUUUAGUAGGUAAUGAUAUACACAAACUAAAAAAAAUUCCAACUACUUCUAAAACUACAAUACCUAAUGAAGAUAAUAAUAAAUCAAAAGUAUUAUUAACAAAAUCUUCAUCAAUGAUGAUUGAGACAGGGAAUAAAGUAAAUGAAAAUGAUAUACCCAAUUUUAGACAGAGUAAAAGUUUAGAUACUUUAAAUCAUGAAAUAAAUGAUAAUAUGUAUGGCAAAAUUGAAUAUAUACAAAAUCAAAAUGAAACACAUCAAAAUAAUAAACAAACUAUUAUAUAUGAUAAAAAUAAAGAUAUAAAUGAAAAUGAUAAUUUUUUUAACAUUUUUUGUGGAAAUGGAAUGACAGAUACAUCUAUAAAUUGGGCCAAUCUAAGAAAUAAUUUUUUUUCUACUAAUAAUGAUGAUUAUACAAAAAUCCAAAACAAAAUUGAAUUUACACAAAUAUAUAAAUUACUUAUUGAGUAUUGUCGAGAAAAAGGAAAUACUAACAAUGAAGAGGAAACUAAUGCAUCUAACCUAGAAUCAGUAAACCCAAAUAAUGAAAAUAGUUGUGAAGCAGCUAGCGAAAAUGUAAACAAUGAAGAGAAAAUAAUAAAUAUCGAACAAAUUAGAAGUAAUAAAAUAAAUUAUAAAAAAUUAGAAUGGACUGAAUAUUUAAAAUUAUUUAUGGAAAGUAAUAUACGAAAUCCAUUUGUUUUUAUCUACCAAUUAAUAUUUAAAAAUUUUCGUAUAGAUUUAGAUAAAACAAAUAUAAAUGAUAUAUAUAUGGAAAUACAGAUACAUCAUUUAAAAGUGAUAUAUAAAAUAUUUAGUGAUAUAUAUUUAAAUAAAUGGAAUAUCGAUUCACGUAAAAUAACUUAUAUAUUUUAUUUUCAAUUUUUUUAUGAUAUAAUUAUAAGAAUAUUUAAUGAAUUAUAUUAUUUCGAUUCAAGUAAUAUACCAAGAAAAACAUCCUAUAUAAAAUAUACAAAAAGAGGAAAAUAUCAAGUAAAAAAAAUAUUAUUACAAUUAUUAGCAUCUAAAGAUUUUCAACAUUUUCAACUCGAAGAUAUUUUUCCUAAACAAUUUAGACAUCAUCCAACUUUUUAUGAGCUUAUAAAUAAAUAUGGCUAUACUACACAUAUGGAUCGAAGUAAUGUAAAUUUAAUUAAGCUAAAUAAAAAUGCUUGGUAUUUAUAUGAUGCUUUUUGGCCUGUUGCAGAAUAUAAAGAUUUUCAAUCAGCUAACGAAAAAUCAAUAAAAGAAGAAAAUGCUACAUACAUUGGCCCAUCAAGAAGUCAAGAUAAAGAAUAUCUUAAUUUUCCUUUUAAAAAGUUACAAAAUUUAUUAUAUUAUGCUUUCAAAAAUAGUUGUCUUACUCCAAUGCUUCUAACUAUUUGUGUAACUAAUGAAGCUUUUCAAACACGUCUUGAUCAAUUAAAAAAUGCCCCUCCUAUUAAUGAAUCAAACACAUCAAGCACAUCAAACAUAUCAAACAAUGUAAGCUCCGCUGUUGAUAAUAAUACUCAAGAACAGACUCAAAAUGAUUCUAUUCUCUCGACAGGAAAUUCUAUAGAUGUAAAUUCAGAUCCUACUUCGAGAAAUCGCGAAAGCCAAGAACCAAACCCCAAUCGAACUCCUACAGAUUUGUCACUACUUAGUGAUAUUGACGUUUUUAAUUUGCUAACUCAAAGCCUAAAUAACAGUUUAGGCACUGACCAAGCUAGCCAAAAUGGUCAAAACAGCCAAAAUAAUCAAGCUAUCCCAAACCGUGGUGACCAUAGCACUAACACAGGGGUAGCACCAAACGCAGAAACAAAUCAAGAAGAUGAAAAUUCAAGAGCUAUUGAAGGAAGUAGAGAUGGCAACAGUGGUGAUAGUAGUGAAAGUAGUUAUCAAACUGGAAAUGGACAAGAUAUACAUCAAACAAUUAAUAAUAAUAAUACAUAUAUAAUUGUAGAUCAAAAUGGCGACAAUGAAACAUUAUUUGCUGAAAUAUUAGUAAAUAGAAGUCCUAAUAAUUCUAUAAAUAUGGAAAUUGUAAAUAUUACUGAUACUCAUUCUGGAGAUCAAAAUACAAGAAGAGGUUCUAGACAUUUAACUGCUGGUGGAUUAUCUGAAUUAAUUAGAAGCUUAAUAAAUGAAAAUAAUAUCAUUAGUAAUGUAAUUGAUGAAACACUAUUGGGAAAUGGUGGAUCUGGUAUUGAUAUACUUGGUGGUGAAAAUAAUGGAAAUAUAGGAAGAAAUCAUAAUCGUCCUAUUAUUUCAAAUCAAAAUAAUAAUAUAAAUAGAGGUGGAGGACGAGGAAAUUCAGAUGAUAAUUUAAUAUUUGAUUGUUAUACAUCUAGUGAAGAAUUAAAUGAUAUUGAUUCAGAAGGUUCUAAUAUAUUAAGAAUCAAUUUAGCUAGUAGAGAUAAUAAUUUAGAUAAUUUAAAUGUAAUUUUAAAUUCCAAUGAAAUAAUUGCUAAUGCUAAUAAUGCUAAUUUAAGUAAUACUAUUGAUAUAUUAAUUAAAGUUAUAAAAGUAUUAAGUAUUUUAAUCGAUUCUAGUCAUCCAUUUAAAGAGAUAAAUGGGUUCUAUUAUUCCAAUUGCAAAGUCGAUACUGAUGAUUCGGAUUCUGAAUCUGAUUCCAUCGAGGAAAGUUCCGAUGAAGAUUAUUAUCAACCAAGUUCUCCAACUAUCGAAAAGGAACUAAACAAAGCAUCCAACCCUAAUCAAUACAUUUUUAAUAAUGAAAAAAAUUCAGAUAACGAUUGUAAGAAUCAUGUUGAAGAGGGUGAUGAAAAAUGUAAAGGAGAAAACAAUGGAGAUGCUAUCACAAAUGAUGAUGCUAUAUUUGAUUACAUAUCUAUAGUAGAAAAACAAAAAAAAGGAAAGAAAAACAAAAAUAUAGAAAAUGAUAGCCAAAAUGUAAUGAAAGAAAAAAAAAUUAGAAAAGAAAAACAAGGAUAUUCAAUGGGAGAAAAAACAGUUCAAUUUUUUAUUAACAGUAUUAAUAACAUAAAUGGAAAUGAAGAUAAAUGUUUUCUAAAAGUACGGAAUACAAUCGUUUCAAGAUUAAAAGAAAUAUCUUCAGAAAAUUAUAAUUAUAAAAAUGUAAAUAAUAAUAAUGAAUUUAUUGAGCUAGCUAAAAAAAAACAACAAGAUCUAUUAGAUAGUAUGAAAAAACAACAACUAAAAUUUAGCCAAUUUUUAGACGAUGAAUUUCUUUCAGAUGAUGAUGAAGAAUUAGAAAUGGAAAAAGAAUUAGAUGACGAUAAAAAUGAAGAUGGGGAAAAUGAUAUAUAUAAAGAAAAUAAUACUUUAUGUGAAUAUGAAAAAGCAAAAGAAAAAAAUUGUAUAUGUGUAUUAUGUAAAGAAGGAAUGUCAAAGAAUAAUUUAUUAGCAUAUAUGUGUUUUGCUUCUCAUACAAAUAUUUUAAAAAAAAUAAUAAAAAAAAAUAAAAUGUCAUUUCCUUGUAAGCAUCCAUCAAUAUAUACAUGUGGACAUUUUAUACAUACAAAUUGUUUACAUAACACAAAAAUAUUGAAAUAUCGAAAAUUGUUUAGUGUUAAAAAUGAACCUACUUUAUAUGAAUUUACAUGCCCAUUAUGUAGAUGUAUAGCCAAUUGUUUUAUUGUAUAUAUACCAAAAAGAUAUACAUCUAAAAAUGAUACUUAUAGAAUCUAUGAUUGUAAUGAAACAGAUUUCUUUAUUGAUAAUUCUAAUAAAAAUUUCUCAGAUCUUUUGAAAUCUGCAUCAUUUGCUUUAAAAUUGUGGAAUCGAAAAAAAGUUAUAGGAACUAUCACAUCAGAUGCACAAAUGAUGGAUAUCACAGAUUAUAAUCAUGAUAAUAAUGAUGUAAAUAAAAAUUCGAUAAAUUCAAGAGAACAAAAUAACUAUCUAGAAGUAGAAACAUCUUUAGAUAUCAAUGAAAGAGAAAAAAAUAAAUUGUUACAUCAUCACAAUGUGCAUAAAAAAUAUGAUGACUAUGAUAAUAGUUAUAGUGAUAAUUCGGAAUCAUUUUGUUUUGAAAAUGAAUCAACCUUUUUAAGUUCAUCAUCGAAUAAAUCUAUUGACAGUGAUGUAGCCGAUGAAUUUUAUUUUAAAUAUAAAAGUAUUCAAAAGAUGGAAGAAGAAAAAAAAAAAAAAAAAAAACUCGAAAAUUUUACAAAAAAUAGUGAAUAUGGAGAAGAAAAAGGAACAAAUAAUAAUAACACAUCUAAUAAUAAAAAUAUUGGAAGUGAUAUAAAUCAAACUAGUUGGAAUAAUUAUGUUACUAAUCCAGUCUUUAACGAAGAAAAUAAUAAUGACAUUUUUAAUUUAAACUUUAAAAAUAUAGUUGAUAAAAAUUCCCUUUUUGAUAAUUUGCUAUCUUAUGGAAGUUAUGAUAAAAAUAAAAAAAAAAUAUUAAGAGAAAUAUAUCUAAAUGAAAAUAAAAUAUAUGAGCAGUUAUACAAUACAAAUGAUUGUUGUGGAAGUAUGUAUUGUCAUGGUUGUAAUGGUAGCUCUAAUUUUGAAUCGAACAAAAAAAAUACUUAUGGAAAUAAUGGAAUUGAAAAGACCGAGUAUGAUACUCAGAGUGAUAGAAAAGAUUUGAAUCACAUUGAUAAUUCUCACCAAAUUAAUAUGAACACUUAUAAAAAUAGUGACAAUGUGAAAGAAGUUAGAUCUAAAGAUGGAGCAGGAACAGAGCUAUAUCUUUACAAAAAUACUUUUAAUUACCCUAAUAAAGAUUUUACUUUUACUUACCAUAAUUCAAACUUUUUUUAUAGAUAUAAAAACGGAUUCUUAUCUUACUAUGUUAGUGUUCCAUUAAAGUUUAUGAAAAAUGUAGAGUUUGUAAUGAUACAAAAUAAAUCAUUAAAUAAUUCUAAUAAUAAAAAGUCCAAGCGAUUUUUUUUCACAACAUCUGUGGAAGAAAUAAAAACAACAAAUAUUGAACCCAUCGAAAAUAAAGAAGAACAAAAUGACACAGACAAAGUAGAUGCAAUACAUGUAGAAAAAAAUGAUGAUGACAAUGUAGAAAAUAAUAAUGAUAUAAAUAAAUCUGAAUUAAACUUACAACUAAAUUAUAAUAUAGAUAAAAAUUUGGUCGAAUAUAUACAACACAAUUUUAAUAUAAACAAAAUAAAUUGUGAUGAGGUUAUUAAAAAAUAUAGAAUAUUCCAAAAUAAAGCUAACACAUCACAGGCUAAUAAUUGUGGUAGUAGUAAUUCUAACUCAAUUAGUAAUGGAAAAAAAAAAGGAAUUAAUGAAAUAAAUGAAUUUCAAAAAGAAAAAAGACUUAAAACAGAUUAUGAAUCUGAAUUUAGAGAAAAUAUUUUAUCUGAAUAUGAAAAUUUUUCUUAUUCACCUACUACAAAAAUAGAAAAUAAGGAAUCUAAUGAAUAUUCCAUCAAAACAGGUAGCGGUAUAAAUUCGAGUUUAAUAGAAAAUAAUAAUUGUGAUAUGCAAGAUGGCAAUUCAGAAAAUAUGACAGUAUCUGGUGUAAAUACUAAUGAAGAAAUUAUGAACAGUUCAGAAUAUUUUAUUUCUGAAAAAAGCAAAAAAGUAGAAGAAGAGCCAAAACGAAAUAGCCGAAGAAGAAGUAUACAAGAAAUGGAAGAAAUGGGAAUAAUAAAAAGUAAUGAUAAUUUGGAUAUUUGUGAAAGUGAUGAAAAUGAAGAUAAUGAUACAAUACAAUUUAAAUAUAACUGUGAUAAGAAUGAUUUAAAAACACAUGCUAUAUCAAUGAAAAACUGUUUUGCUGUAGAUAUCUAUGAUGGUAUAAUUAGCACGAAUAAAAAAUUUUAUAAAACAUAUAAAAAUACAGUAUAUAAACAAAAUUUUGAUUCAAUAUUUGAUAUGAAAGCAUUAAGACAAUCUAUUAUAUUAUUAGGAGGAAUAACAGAAAUAUCAUGGAGAAUUUUUCAUCAAAAUCAUACAACAUUUUCAACUAUAUUACAUCAUUCAGAAAAUUAUAAAAAAAUAAUUGACUUUGAAUAUUCCACAAAAAUACAAGACAAUGAUGAAGAUACUGAUAUAAAAGGAAUAAGCGUAAAUGAUGUAUUAAAAAUUUAUAAAAAACUUGAUGUAUAUCCUGAAUUUUUAUUUAAUAAUAUUAACAUUGGAUAUGUUAAUAAAAGUGAAUUAAAAAACGUAAAUAAAGAAGAUCUACUAUUAUUUAAUAAAAAAGAUAAAAAAAAAUAUACCAAAAAAUUAGGAGGAAACAUAUUUAAAAAUGAAACAAAUAAUGAAUUAAGCUUUAUGAAAAAUUGUCUAAACCAAUUAAAAAAAUGUAAAGACAAGGAAGAUGAGGACAAACGCGAAGGUGACAUUCACAAAAAAAUUAUGAAAAAAAAAAGAAUGAAAAACAGAGUAGAUAGCAAAAAAAAAAAUACAAUAAAAACGGAUGUGUUAAAUAUAAAAUAUUGGAGAAAUAUUAAUACAGCUACAGAAAUGAAUAAAAUAUAUUGGAUUUUAUACAACGAAAUAUUAAUUAAUGUAUUUUAUAAAAAUAUAAAUUAUGUAUCAUGCAAUAAUUUAAUUGAAACUUUAGUAAGAAACUUAUUCCUAUAUAAACAUGAAUUAAAUAUAGUAAAAGAAGAUAAAAUUUCAAACUUAUUUAAUCUACAAUUAUGGAAAAAUAUUCAUAAUAUUUCUUUUUAUUAUGUAUAUCCAUAUAGAUUUACCUUUAAUAAAUAUAAAAAGUUUUUUGAUAAAAUUAAAAAAGCACAUUUUUUAAAUAAAUUAUCAUUUUUACCAUUAUCUGUUGAUGUUCUCAAAUUAUUUAUGACUUUUUUCUUAAAUCAGUUAUUACACACACCUGCAGCUAUUCAGCACUUUAUUUCAAUCUCUUUAAUUAUUAUAAGUUUUCAAGUUAUGAAUGAAGUUUUUAUAAAAGAAAUCUCAAAAUCAUAUGUACAAUUCAUAUUUUCAAAAUUUUCACCUGAACAAGUCAGAAAAAAUUUUAAUAAUAUUUUUGAAAAAAUAUAUAUAAAUAUACAAAAUGAAUCAUAUCCAAUAAAUAAGGAUACACAUUUACAUGAUAGAAUUAAAUUAUCAAGUCAUUUCACACAAUCUGAAUAUGUACCUAAAGAAAAUGAUAAUUUUUCAAUUCCUAAUUAUAUGAACACAACUAGCCAAAGUAAAAGUGUUGCACACGAACAAUUUAAAAAUUUCAUUUUUGACAAUUUUGUAAAGAAUACAAAAGAAUUGAUUUCUUCUCAAAAUGUAGAAAACUUUGCUAAUAAUGAUGGAUCAGAAUUUAGUAAGAAUGGUGACGAAAAAAAUGGAAAUUAUAAUACCUUUAACAAUGAUGGAUCUCUAGAUGGGUCAAACGACAAAAUAGAUGAGCAUUCCAAUUUAAAGAAUAAAGAUGUAUUUGGAAAGGGAUAUGCAAAUCAAACUAGUAGUGGAAGUGGCUAUAGUGAUGGUGAUAAUAUGAAUAGCAAUGGUAGAUCUAAGAAAUAUACAAAAUUAAUUAACAAAAUGGAUAUAUUAACAUUGUUUAAUAAUUUGAUAAAUUUAGCUAACGAUAUUAGUGAGUCAGAAAUUGAAGAAAUAAAAAAUGCAAUUUUAAAAAAUAAAAUAAUUUCUGCUAAUAUAAAAAAAAAAGAAUGUUAUUCUUAUACUUGUGAAAAGAAUGUAUGCCUAAAUAAAACAGUAUAUAAUAAUGAACCAAACAAUUUUGAUGAUUUUUGUUUAUAUGAAGAAAAGAAAAUACUAUAUGUUUUAUAUGAAACAUUAAAAAAAAUGAUAAGCUUAAAUAAGUUCAAAACAGAUACACAAAAAAUUAUGCUUUUAUUAUGUGAAAUAAAUUGCGAAUAUAUGAAGUAUGUAUAUUAUAAUGGAUAUAUACCAAUCAAUAUAUUUCUUAGUACAAACUUUAUAAGGUUUGAUGAAUUUUUUAAUAAUUAUUAUCCUUAUUUAUAUAAUAAAAAGACUAGUUCGAAAUGGGGAAGUUUCCAUGUUUUAUAUAAAGAAAAGUUUUCAGAAAAAAAUAGCAAACAAAAAAGUUUAAAAAAAAAUAAAAAUGUUAUGAAAAGGGACUUUAACUAUAUAAUUAAUAAUUGUAGUGAUAUUGUUCAAGAACAAACACCAAAAGAUCAAUCAUAUUUAGAAAACAAAUUAAAACAUGUUAAUACCGAUAAUUCAAAAGUUAUGUCUUAUCCAAAUGGUGAAACAUCAAAUUCAAUAACUGAAUCCCCUACACUACAUAAAAGAGAUGAUAUCAAAAAAAAUGAAAAACUUUAUGAAAAUUCUAAAAAUUCUUUUUAUACUAAUCCUAAUGAAAUACAUCAAUUUAAAUAUAAGUUAUAUAAUAUACAUAAUGAAGAAAUGAACGAUUUUUAUUUAAUGAAUGAUAAAGAUGAAAAUUAUUUAUCACUACUGAGUAAGGAUAAUCUAGAACAUAAACAUACUAAUAUUUGCAAUACAUUAAAAUGGCAAUAUGAAAAUAUUCCCUAUAUUAAUCAUUUGUUUUAUAUUUAUAAUGUAUAUCCUAUCUUAUUUAAAUUGAAUCAAAUAAAAGAUAUCCAUAAUAAAAAAGACAACGAUAUAGAUCUAUGCUCAAAUGAAUUUUUACUAUCACAAAUAGAUGAUAAAAUAUAUGAUCAAUAUGAUAAUUAUAAUAAUUUCUCGGAUGAAAGUUUUGAUAGUAGUAAAACGAUACGAGCUUAUGAAGAAGAAGAAAAUGAAAAUGAAGAGGAAAAUAAUAAUUCUGAUAAAGUUAAACAAAAAGAUGAAAAUGAAAAUGAAGAGGAAAAUUAUACCACAUCAUCUCUUAAUGUCUUAAAUGAAAUUCUCGAUGUUAAUGAACUCAUAAAAGAUUUGAAAAAAAAAAAAAAAAAAAAAAAAAUAUACAAAAAUAAAUAUGCCAAUAAUUUUUUUAUCAACUUUUUUAACAAGGCUAUGCAAAAAGAGCAAAAUAAAAGAGAUGGAUUAAAAUUAGAAAAAAAAAUAGGUCUACAAACAAGUUACACAAAUGGAACUAUCGAAUAUAAUGGAAAUAAAAAUGGUAAUUACAUUGAUGAUGAAAAGGAUCAUGUCAUAAGUACAGCAAACUUAUUUAUUGAUCCCCACGACUUAAAAAAUGUAGAUAUUUCAGAAUGCUUAGACAAAAUAGAUGAACAUAAAGAAGAAGUGAUAGAAGAAAAUAAAAUAAAUAAAAAUAAUGAAAAUGGAAACGAAGAAAAUUGUUGUGAUAGCAGUUUAGAAAAUACAGCAUAUUCAAUAUCAAGUGAAAAUAGUUACACGGAUGAAAACUUUUUAUAUUACAAUAAUAAUGGAGAAUCAAGUAGUGGUGCAGAAAAGAUGAGAUAUAAAAAAAAAAAUACAAUUAGUAAACUACUUUUUAGUCGGUUUGAUGAUCAUACAUCAAAUAAUAAUGAUAAAAAUAAUAAAAAUAAAUCAAAGAAUGAUCAUAUUAACUUUUUAAAAUUUAAAGAUUCAAAUAAAAUACAAAGAUAUAAUAUGUUAUUACGAAGAAAUGAUCUUAGUAGUCAAUUUUUUUAUAACAUUAGAAAAUUAUAUAGUUAUGUUUAUAAUAUACUUGAUUUUAUUCCAAUAUAUGUAAUACAAAAUAUUUUAUUACACUAUCAAAAAAGUUACAAAAAUGUAAAUCAUUACUAUUAUUAUGAUGAACAAAAUGAUGGAAUUAAUAAUUUGUUUAACUCAUAUAAUGAAGAAAGUGAAUAUGAAUAUACACGUUAUUCAAGUAAUUAUUUUAACACCGAUAAAUGGAAAAGACAGUAUGAAAAAUAUAAAAAUUAUAAAAAUAAUAAUGAAUAUGAAGGUAUAUAUAGUAAAAAGGAAAGUGACUAUGAUACAAGCUCUUGUUCUUUUGAUAAGAAAUGGGAUAAAGAUAGCGCUUCACAUAAUGACUCUAAAAUGGGAAGUAACUUUUCAUAUGAUAUAAAAAAUAAUGGUGCAAAUAAUAUUAAUGAAUAUGUCGAUCCUCUCGGUGCAACUUCAAAAAAUUCUUCAUUCACCAACAUAUUAGGUCCCUCAAUUUUUAGUCAUAAUUUUUUAUUCGACGAAAAAUGUAAAUCCACAGAAAAAGAAAAUAGUAGAGAAAAUAGAAACUCCUAUUUUGCUAAUAAAAAAAUGAAAACAAAUCAUAGUGAUUGUGCAUCUGAUACAUAUAUAAGAGGUUCUAGCCAAUUUGCUAAAAACACCAACAAAGGAGAAUCAACAUUCAAAAUGAAAUUUAUUAACGAAGAAAAUAAUUAUAAUGAUGUAAAAGGUGUAAGAGGUAAUAUAAAUCAAUUCUAUAAUAAUAUACAAGAUGAAAAAGACAUAUUAGGAAUAAAAAAAAUAUUUUUCAUAUUUUAUAAAUAUUUAAAAAAAAAUCAUUUUAUUGAUUGUAAUUUUGGAGAAUACAAUAAAAAAAGAAAACGAAAUAGAUGCAUAAAAUUAUAUUCACAAUUUUUAAAAAAAUAUUUAAAAUCCGCAAAUAUAUAUUUACAAUUUGUAGCAUAUAUAUUAUUUUCUAUAUAUGAAUAUAACACAUUGGCAACUAAGUAUUUAGAUUAUAUACAUCUAUAUAGUGACAUAAGCAAAUAUAAUAUAUUCCUACACAUUUUAAAUAUAAAUAAUAAUAUCGAUAAAGUAUAUACAUACCAAACAAUGCAAUUAAUAUUUCAUCCAUAUUUUUAUUGGAUGUAUCAAAUUUAUAAGUACCUAAAAAUAGAUGCAUCACCAAUUGCUCUUCAUGAUUUUUAUGAAAAUCUUGAACAAUUUAUUUCAUCAAAUUCGAUAUUCCAACCUAGCCAAAAUUAUUUUACUUUAAUUAAAAAAAAUUUUAAAAGAAAAUGUGUAAGUUGUAAUAAAUCACCAAAAAAAAUACUUAUCUGUUUAUAUUGUGGAUCAACCAUAUGUUUACAUGAAAGUGAUGAAGCUACUGGUCCUUUAUCUCAAACAAUUAGCAAAUGUAUUUACCAUACUACAAUUUGUGGUGGAGAUCAAUGUCUCUAUUUGUGCCUGAACACGUCAUCGAUAUUAUUUACUAGUGAAAAUCGGUUUGAAUUCAUGAGUGGGCCUUAUGUAGAUAAAAAUGGAGAUAUCGAUCCUCAUCUUAAAAGAGGAAAAAAUCUAUAUCUUUCUCAGCACAAAUUAAAUCAAAUAUUUGAUGUCAUUGUUAAUUCGACAGCUGAUGUUGAAAUAUAUAAGCAUACUUUAAAGGCCGAGUAA